CUACAGGAACUGAGACUUGGUAACAAAAGUAGCACCUCUUGGGCCUGAACCGUCGUCCCUCCUACAGAUUAAUAUUUUGCUUCACUACCAAUUCUUCCUGUAUCGAUUCAACCAAACGCAGCCGCGAUGACACCAUCCGAUUCCCACCGUCGCUCUUGGUCCUUCUUCCUUUGCAUCUUCCUCUCGGUGAGCCAGAUCGCCUUCGCGUGGCAGAAUUCCCAUCCGCACCAACGCAAAGUAUCGUCUUCUCUGUCUAGAUUGUUUUCGGUGAACGAAGAAGCAGGUGCAAUAAAGAAUGCGGGUGGACGAAGAUCUUUUUUCGAGGCUUGCUCUUCGGCGGCGGCCAGUGUUCUGCUGACAUCGCCUUCUCUAGCGGUUUUAUCCGGACCGCAAAUCGCACACGCCGCUGGGAAUGACGGCGAAGAAGAGCUCAUUGAUGUGUAUUUUGGUUGUGGAUGCGUAAGUUUGUUUUCUUUCUGGCAAGCGUAACUUCACUAACUGAUGACGUGUCUCGCUCAAGGCACUGUGUGAGAGGACCAUCAUUCCUGCCCUGCCCUGCCCUGCCUUUCUAACUCGUUCUCUGCCAUCGCUGUUGGAUCUUUGGAUACGAUUGGGAAACAACCCGUGCACUCAAUACGAUGGGCGGAUAUAUGCAACAACAAAAACACUUUUAUAGUUCUGGCACGUCCAGCAUGAGUUUGUCGAGGCAGAAAAGUCCAUUUUGGGCCGUAGUGACAAUAAAGUGACAAGUCGAGCUGGCUACGCGGGAGGAAACCUAGGAAUGAAAGACGGAAAAGUGUAGGUUCUGGAUUAUAAUUUGGCAAAUACGGAGAAUGCCGAGUGAGAUAGAUCCACAGUUUUCAUCGAUAUUAUCGAUGCUACAUCCUUCUCCUCAAGUUUUUUUCUUUUUUCUUCGAUCGUUGUCUCCCUCCGGAUAUUGUAUAUCGCAUCGUUUUCCUAUUUCUGCGGGACAAUCCUGUCAUACUGCAGCUGCUACCACAAUUUCGCUCAAGUAUCCGACUAUGGGAAGCUGGGGCACGCCGAAGUAGUUUCGCUCCGCAUCCCUAAGUCGAACUUUAAGGAUUUUGCCAUUGAAUACUGCAAGCUCUUCAAGAACGGUAUGCGUCCGGACCAGUUGGGGGACAGAGGCCUCGAGUACCGCAACAUCGUUGGAUUCAAGGGUGGGUCAAAGAACGCGGACCUGGCAAAACUACUGGUCGAGGCGUCGAAGGAAACAGGCGAUGAAUUGGACUUUGCGGUGGGCAAGGGUACCGACAGGGACAUCCCACGCCUCGUUUGGAUAAUGGAUAGCGAACAAUAUCCUUCGUACGUAGCCGAGCAAUAUCACCAGUUCCACGACGGAUUCAAUUUUGGUGAAAACUACCCAAACUCCUACAAUAACCUCGGAGCACAAUUUGGAAAAGCCGGAGAAGAUUUCGGUUCUUGUCCUCGAAUGUAGUUGAGAAACAUGGAACUCAUUUUGUCUAGAUGAUAUGUUUUUUCAUAAACCACAAUUAUUUUU